AUGGUGCAGAGGCUCAGUCCUCUUCACAUUGAUCCAAUAAAUGAGAUUGAGUUGAUCCAACCGUGUGGGAUAUCAACCAUUGCGAUUCUUCCGUCUCCUAUUCCGAUUGGUUUUCUUCUUCUUGACUAUGCGGUGGCACGGCUCUUGAAUCUCAACUCGUUCCGCAAGUGUAUCUACCUUCGGCUUGGCCAACUCCAUGUUGUUCGGCAAGUCUUUUGCUUCCGGAAAGAUCUCCAUUUCCUCAACUCUAUUCUGAAGCUGAGCCAACCCAAUCCUGAUGACUUGGGAUAUGUAGAUUUGGUUGCUGUUGUGGAAAUCUGUGGUGUGAGGCUAACUGUAGUGCAAAAUGAAGAAGGUGGAAACUCUGUCUCAACUGUUAUUCUGCUGGCAAGUACUGAUAGCAUAUUAGAUGACCUCGAAAGAGCAGUUGAUUACGGUUUAAAUACUUACAAGGCUAUGUGUAAGGAUAGUCGCAUAGUACCUGGUGCUGCUGCUACGGAGAUUGAGAUUGAGCUGGCUAGAAGAGUGAAGGAAUUUUCUUUUAAAGAGACCGGGUUGGAUUGGUAUGCUAUUGCAAAAUUUGCAGAGAGCUUUGAGAUGAUACCUACGACACUAGCUGAGAAUGCUGGGCUCAAUGCUAUGGAGAUCAUAUCUUCUCUAUAUGCUGAACAUGCAAACGGAAAUGCCAAAGUGGGUAUUGACUUGGAGGAAGGUGUCAGCAAGGAUGCCUCAGUUAUGAAAGUCUGGGACCUUUAUAUCACAAAGUUUUUUGCUCUCAAGUAUGCUGCUGAUGCUGCUUGCACUGUACUUCGGGUUGAUCAGAUCACCACGGCAAAACCUGCUGGUGGCCCAAGGAGAUAACAGCCGGCUGGAAUGGACGAAGACUAAUUUUGCACAAAAUCAGUCUUGAUUGCGGGGUCCUUUUAUCUACCUUUUAUUUUAUCUUGAACAAAUUUCUUCAUGAGCUCGGAGGGUCUUGUUAGCUUUUCUUGGCCUAAUUGUGAUGAAAAGAAACGUGCGUGGACAGUAUCAGUCUCCGUUGCAAGAUGGAGUUUCCCCUAAAUUUUGGUUGGAAGGGAUAAAACAUCUUUUGAGCAACUUUUUCCCUUUCCAUAUUAAGGAAGUCAGAAUUCGUUGAUGAUACAGUGCAAGAAGCUUAUAUCAUGGUAGACUUUCCAACUCAUGAUAAUUUGCCAUCUGUAGGCAGACCUCUGUCUAUGCAAA